AUUGUCGAUGCUCAUGUGGAGUGACAGUCGUCGACUUCACCUUGAGAUAUUAUCAUUGAUUACCUAAUGGCACGAUUGACUCUGAUUGUCUUUUCGCUUGUUUUCUUCUUGAGCAGUUCUUCUGCCUUAAUUACAGAGGCUAUGAUUGGAUCCAUAUUUAUACUUAAUACGAUUCUUGGAACAACAUUUUUGGAUAUGGCCUUGGGCGGUCCCAUUAGUCGGGCGUCUUCUAUGGCAUCCGUAGCGGUUCCUAUUUCAUCAGGUUCGCCUUUCUGGCCAUCACAUAAAGUUGCACCUCAGCACCUCAGAAGAAGACGACAAACUUUACAAGAUAGACUCAACGAUUUGCACUUAUAUGAUUAUGUAACUUCCCCAUCGGCUGAAAAGGAUGAAUCGCCAUUGGGUUUGGAGAUCGAUAUUUUCAACAAUUUUCAAAAUAUUGCUCAUGAUAUGGCUAGUGAAGUUAGUAUGCACUUGGGUCUUCCACCACACACUCUUGAAGCGUACUAUCUUGGGGAGAAGGAUGCUCCCAAUUUUGAAGAUGUUGUAGACACUGUCGCUAAACGCUUUCAUGCUCCAAAGUUUGUGUUGGCUGGAUUGCAUUCACUAUUUAAAACAGCCGAAAAGUAUGAGGAUGAUUAUGAGUAUGAUAAUGAUAAUGAUAAUGGUCAACAAGAUCAAUAAUUGCACAUGUAUCCCAAAGCAAUUAUUUUGAUUAAUUCAAUAUAAUUUUAUCUCUUAAUUAAGAGUUGAUUAUUAGAAUGCUGAAAGAUGAGGAUGUAUCAUUUUAUUAUCUGGAAAGAGAUGGCUAAUCUGUUAAUAUAUAGAUCUUGUUACACAUUAAUUUGUUAUAUCACUUUAAGGGAUGCUUUCAAAAUAAAUAUUUAAAAACAUA